AUGGCGGACGGCCGCCGGCGGAGGGUCUUGGUCCUCAGCGGGUGGAGCCCCGGCCCUCUGGACGUCCUGCGCAACCGCAUGCCGGAUGUGGAGUUUCUGGAGCCCACCAUCCCAAUGCCUCCCUCGGGUUGUAGAUGGUGUCUGAAUCCAUUCUGCCUGCUGCUCCUCGUCGUGAUAUUCUGGCUAACACCAGAAGCUGCUUCCAACGACAAGUUGGUGGCGCAGGUCGAUGAGUCCAUUGCCUGGCUAGUUCGUUUGGCCCUGCUUCUGGCUAUCCCGGUGCUGCUGCGACUGGUGCUCGCCGGCCUGGUCUGGUUCGCCAUCAAGGACGGGCUUUGGACCACGAGCCGCGCCAUCCGCGACUUCCAGCCCGACGUCCUCGUCGGCUUCUCCUGGGGGGGCGGUGUCGCUCUUUGGCUUCUCUCGGAGGGCCGGUGGAAGGGCCCGACGCUGCUGCUGGCUCCCACGGUGAAUGCCAUGUCUUGGGUAAGCUGCUGCUCCGCCCCCAGGCUUCCAACGCCGAGCCCUUCGCGCCCGACCCACGUCUUCCACGCCGAGAAUGACGGCUUCUGCCCGGCCUCACAGGUGGCGGCACUCAGUGCUGCGGGCUGUGAGAUGCAUGUUUGUGACGACAACCAUGUCCUCCUCAGACGACAGACGGUCGAGGAGAUCCACGGCUGCUUGAAGCGGCUCCUGGCCCUGCCUUCCCCCAGCUCCUCCGACGCCUCACAGACCUUCGGAGCCAACGACUGUGGCUGGGACGAUUGA